AUGGCCGUUACAGAGGUGGUAUUCCUAGAGUCAACGGCGGAGACCAUUACAGACGAGUUUCGUUCAGUACUCAACGAGGCUCAAACAAUACAAGAUGCGUGGGUUGAGGCGAGCUUUCCAGGGCAGAUCACCGCCGCCACCAAAUGGCAGGAGAUUGAAAGGCCAAAUCAUCUACUUAUAACUCAGAACUGGCCAGAGACAAGCCAGCAACGGGUGUGGGGCGCAAGCGAGGAGGGCAGAAGUGGACAUGUUAAGAUCAUGUCUCAUAUCGCACUUGAAGGCCAGAGGCCCAAGGCAGAGAAGUUCCACGUGGAGGGCGAGAUAUUCGCUAGUUCGCAAGAGCCGAACCGGAUACAGCUGUCGGAUAGUCCAGUUAUCAGUGUUGGGCGCCAUACUGUAUCCUCAGACAACAAGGAGGCGUUCAUGGCCAAGUUCAACGAGGUCAAAUGGGUCGUGCAGGACUAUGCUAAACCGUAUGUUGUUAAAGGGGGUUGGAGGAUAGAGAAGGACGCCGAGGCCAACGAAGAAUGGCUUCUAUUCAUUGGAUGGCCAACUGUUCAAGCCCACAAGGACUUUGCGCAGAGCCCCAAUUUCUCCAAAUAUCGCGAGAUUUCUGAGUUGGUGAUCGGAUUCGAUGUCUGGCACUACCAGAAGAUCCAGUGA